AUGAUGUCUAAUCUUAUAUAUAAUAUAUAAACUCUUACUUUUUUAAGUAAUCUAAAGUAUAACGUUUAUAAUUGCAAAUCUAAUUUUAUUACUCCUAUAAUUAUAAUAAGUUAAAAGUAUACAUGCUAAGAAAACAUCACUUAAAUAUAGAAAAAGGGAGGAAUCAAAAACAAUAUACAACUGAUAAAUUUUCAGAUUUUAUCCCAUUUGUAAUCAUGGGUACUCAAAUAAUAUCAAUAGAUUCAAGUCUUCAUAAGGCAGAAUUUUUAACUAAUAGUAAUUUCUAAACAAAAAAUUCAAUAAUUAAUAAUUGUAUAAAGUGGAAUAACAAAAUUAAUAUAGUUUAUUAUUUCAUGUAGAAGGCUCUGUCUAAAGUAUACUAUGCCUUAUUCUUGGCCAAAAAUCACUCGGGCUACCUUGUGGUUGUAUUUCUCAAGAGAUUAUAUUUUUUAUAUAAUGUAUUCUUUUUGGAAGAUUUCUAGAAAGUCUUAUAAAAUUUAAUUUUGUUCCUCCCAAUUUCUAUUGAUUGAUUUUAUUUUUGGCUAUCGUUAUAAGAUUUUUCAAGUAAAGAACAAAAGGUUUGGAAUUCAAAAUUUGAAAAGAGGUAUUAUGGACAACUCAUUAAUUAGAAACCAAUAAUAUAUUAUGUGGAUGCAAAAAACUAUAUUAAAGUGA